AUGUUCAAAAUUGAAUCGAUCAAAAGUCAGUCGCCGCAGGUGGCCAUUGACAAGGAGAGAAAAGCUACCAAGUUUGAUAUCAACAAGAUGUUUGAAUUUUUGGAGAGUGGCAAGGAUGAAGCUGCUCUCACAAAGUCUCUGAUGCAACAAAUCGAAAGAGACACCAUCUUGAAAACUAAUGCCAGUUAUUACGACUUGACGAAAGACCAGCACAGAGAGCUCACAGCUCAGAAGAUCGCCAGAUUGGCUACUUAUAUUGAAAAGGAUGCCCCAUUCUUUGAGAACUUCCAAAAGAGACUGAAUCUCAUUGCUAUUGUUGAUCCACAACUAGGUACGAGAGUUGGGGUCCAUCUUGGAUUGUUUCUGAGUGCAAUUAGAGGCAACGGUACGGAGGAACAGUUCAAGUAUUGGGCUUUCGAACGUGGUGCCGCCUACUUGAAGGAUGUGUAUGGCUGUUUCGGUAUGACUGAAUUAGCCCACGGGUCAAAUGUGGCGGGUCUGGAAACCACAGCUACAUUUGAUCAAAAGACUAAAGAGUUUGAAAUCAACACCCCUCAUUUGGGUGCCACCAAAUGGUGGAUUGGAGGAGCUGCCCAUUCUGCAAAUCACUGUGUGGUGUAUGCCAGGUUAAUUGUCAGUGGUAAGGAUUACGGAGUGAAAACUUUUGUUGUCCCCAUCAGAGACAGAAAUCAUAACUUACAUUCCGGUGUGGCUAUUGGUGACAUUGGCGCUAAGAUGGGCAGAGAUGGUAUUGACAACGGUUGGAUUCAAUUUACCAACGUCCGAAUCCCGAUGAACUACAUGCUGUCCAAGUUUACUAAAGUGGACUCAGAGACAGGAGAUGUAGAGGUUCCACCUUUGGAGCAGCUAGCGUACGGAGCUUUGCUGGGUGGAAGAGUUACAAUGGUUACCGAUUCUUUUAGAAUGGCACAGCGUUUCAUCACCAUUGCUCUAAGAUAUUCCGUUGGAAGACGACAGUUUGGCGCCAAAAAUUCCUCAGAGGAACUCAAAUUGAUUGACUACCCAUUGCACCAGCGUCGUCUUCUUCCUUACUUGGCCCUGACCUAUGCUCUGUCAAUAAGUUCUUUUGAUUUGUCCCAAACUUAUGACUCCGUUUUGAGUAAUCUAGAUGCCGCCGGAAAGUCCCAAGAUUUUUCUAAGUUGGGCCAAGCGAUUGCCGGACUUAAGAACCUUUUCUGUGCUUCUGCUUCUCUGAAAUCUACUGCGACCUGGUAUGUUGCCCAGCUGAUUGACGAGUGUAGACAGGCAUGUGGUGGACAUGGAUAUUCCUCGUAUUCCGGGUUUGGUAAAGCAUAUAAUGAUUGGGUUGUUCAAUGUACCUGGGAGGGAGAUAACAACAUCCUUGCAAGUAAUGCCGGUAGGAUUAUUGUGCAAUCUAUUAUCAAGUUGCAAGAAAAGGAAAAGAAGAUAAAGGGUGACUUGUCAUACUUGAAUGGAAUCAGCAAUAUCGACAAGGAAGCUAUUCUGCUUCCUAACAAACAAAGUAUGACCAACUUGUCCAAGUUGAUUAAUGCCUAUCAGGGUACCAUUAUCCGUCUAGGUGUACGUUGUGCCGAAUCCAUCGGAAGCAAAAAGUCCACAUGGGAUGACAUAGCAGCUCAACGAGUAGUCCUUUCCAAAUUGAAUGCUGUUUUAUAUAUGCUGCAACAUUUGGUUUUGAAAAUUAAACAACUUGGAGACGAGGAAGCUCACAAACAAUACCUUGUUCAAAUUGCAGCUUUGUUUGCAACCUCACAGAUAGAAAUGAAUUUUGCAUCUUAUUUCUUACAAUUCAAGGCCAUCGAUUCGUUGGAACCUGUUGCUGAUGUUGUGUCUGAACUGUGCUUAUCAGUGCGGGACCAAGUCAUUGGAUUGACUGACUCUUUCCAAUUUUCGGACUACUUUAUCAACUCUGCAUUGGGAUCACAUUCUGGAGACAUUUACAAUACCUACUUUGACACUGUUAACAAUCUGAACAAUCCGCAAGUCAGGGACGGAAAGGCGGCAUACUCCGAGGCACUUGAAGCCAUGCUACGUAGGGACCCACUAGAAGUGCGGGAAUGCUUUGAGAAGAGUGACAAAGUAUUGAAGAAGUUGGCUCCUAAGAUUUAG